AUGGAGGAUAAAGUUCAUCGUUUUGUGGCAGGUCUAGGGACACAUUUGAUUGACGAGUGUACAACCGCUGCAUUGCAGCCGGGAGCAGGUCAGAGUUCUAAAGCAUCAGGUUCUCAGUAUAGACCAGAGUCUGGUCAGAUGAGGCCCCUUUUACCAUGGUGUACCCAGUGUGGUAAGUUACACGCAAUUCAGUGUCGAUGGGGAUCGAAUGCUUAUUAUGCUUGUGGCCAGCCAGGGCAUGUGAUGCGGCAGUGUCUGAUGAGAGGUGGUGUAGGUAUUAUUCAUAUUACCGGGUUCGUAGUUGGUUCUUCUUCUGCAGUAUGCCCUUCUGGGCAAGGUUCUCAGACACUUGCAGGACGUGGUAGAGGGAGGAAUGAAGCAUCUAACUCGAGUGGGCCUCAGCACCACGUUUAUGCAUUGGGGUAA